GGAGUUUUCGCAGACGCCAUUUUCUCUUCCCGCGACCGAAGCCGCUCUCGCUCCCCUUUGCCGGCUCCUGUCGUUGCCGCCGCCGCCGCCCUCCUCGCGGCUCCCUCCUGGCAGGCUCCUGAAGCAAUAGGCUGUUGGGUUUUGAUCCCGCCCAGAAACACUUGAGUUUUGCUCUGCAAGGAUAUAUAAUACCGGUUUUAUCUGCCACCCAAGAAUAAAAGGUAAUGGAGACUGAACAACAGGAGGAGACUUUUACCAACACAGAGACAAAUGACCUGUCUACAGGCAAACGUCCUGCGGAAGAUAUGGAAGAAGAGCAGGCCUUCAAAAGAUCUCGAAAUACAGAUGAGAUGGUUGAAUUACGCAUCCUGCUUCAGAGUAAAAAUGCUGGAGCAGUGAUUGGAAAAGGUGGCAAAAAUAUUAAGGCACUUCGUACAGACUACAAUGCCAGUGUUUCAGUCCCAGACAGCAGUGGCCCCGAGCGCAUCUUGAGUAUAAGUGCAGAUAUAGAGACAAUUGGAGAAAUCUUGAAGAAGAUUAUCCCUACUUUAGAAGAGUAUCAACACUACAAAGGCAGUGACUUCGACUGUGAAUUAAGACUUCUAAUUCACCAAAGUCUGGCAGGAGGAAUUAUUGGUGUCAAGGGUGCUAAAAUCAAAGAACUCAGAGAGAACACUCAGACUACCAUUAAGCUCUUCCAAGAGUGUUGUCCUCAUUCCACUGACAGAGUGGUGCUUAUUGGAGGAAAACCAGAUAGAGUUGUGGAAUGUAUCAAGAUUAUCUUGGAUCUUAUCUCUGAGUCUCCAAUUAAAGGACGGGCCCAGCCUUACGAUCCCAAUUUCUAUGAUGAAACGUAUGACUAUGGUGGCUUCACAAUGAUGUUUGAUGAUAGAAGGGGACGUCCUGUAGGCUUUCCAAUGCGUGGAAGAGGAGGUUUUGAUCGAAUGCCUCCUGGUCGUGGUGGACGACCUAUGCCUCCAUCAAGAAGAGACUAUGAUGAUAUGAGCCCUCGCAGAGGACCUCCACCACCUCCCCCAGGUCGUGGAGGCAGAGGUGGCAGCAGAGCUCGUAAUCUUCCUCUUCCUCCUCCACCACCUCCUCGUGGCGGAGAUCUUAUGUCUUACGACCGAAGGGGCAGACCUGGAGACCGUUAUGAUGGCAUGAGGCAGAAAGAUUCGGUAGUUCAAGACUGGAUGCUGAACCUUGAAUUUUCUGGAAUUUCUGAGAUGAUGCAGUGUCAUGUGGAUGCCUGUGAUGACAUGCAGCCGCCAGAAUUGUUUGAGGGUGGCUCUGGAUAUGACUAUUCUUAUGCAGGGGGCCGUGGUUCAUACGGAGAUCUUGGUGGACCCAUCAUCACAACACAAGUAACGAUUCCCAAAGAUUUGGCUGGAUCUAUUAUUGGAAAGGGAGGCCAGAGAAUCAAACAAAUACGUCAUGAGUCAGGAGCUUCGAUCAAAAUUGAUGAACCAUUAGAAGGUUCAGAAGAUCGGAUAAUAACUAUUACGGGAACACAGGACCAGAUACAAAAUGCACAGUAUUUACUGCAGAACAGUGUGAAGCAGUAUGCAGAUGUUGAAGGAUUCUAAUGCAAGAUUAUUUUUUCUUUUUUAUAGUGUGAAGCAGUAUUCUGGAAAGUUUUUCUAAGACUAGUGAAGAACUGAAGGAGUCCUGCACCCUUUUUUUUUUUUUUAUCUGCUUCUGUUUAAAAAGCCAACAUUCCUCUGCUUCAUAGGUGUUCUGCAUUUGAGGUGUAGUGGAAUCUUUGCUGUCCACCAGAUGUAAUGUUUUAGUUCUUACAAAUAUUUGGGGGGAGGGAAAGGGCGCGCGAGACUAACAUUGAAAUUUUGAAACAGCAGCAGAGAGAGUGGAUUUUAUUUUUAUUCAUUGUUGGUGGUAAAUUGUAAUGUUUUCUGUAACUAUUGUGAACACCUUGCUUUAUGUACACUGUAUUUUUUUUGAAGGGGGGAGAAUACUGGUAGUCCAUGUGUCCCUGGCAUCCUUUAAGAGCAGUGUGCAGAAUGUAAUGCUCUUUUGUAAGAAACGUUUUAUGAUUUUUAAAUAAAUUUAGUGAACCUA